CGAAAACAAAUAAGCUAAAGUAAGCUAAGUAAACCAUGCAGUCUACAAGGUACACCGUAGGCUGAAAAAAGAAGGAUCGGCUGGGCUCUGGCUCUGGCUGACUGGUUGUUGCCCCGCAAUCUGGCGAUUAUCCCGCACUGGUGCGAUUGCCCCUCCAGGAUCCUACAUGUACCACAUUCUACAUGCACAACUUCCUAUAUCGAUUGAUCGAGCAUGGCUGCGUCACAUGGUGCCCUGGCGCACCUGCUGCCGUCCACCUACAAGCGGCUGAUCGCAGACUGGCUGGAGGAGGACUGUCCUAGCUUCGACUAUGGCGGGUUUGUGGUUGGCGAGGCCGCGGGGGAAGCGAAUCUACUGGGCAAGAGCGCGGGCAUUGUCGCUGGGGUCCCGUUCUUCGAUGAGGUUUUCGCACAGUUGGGAUGCACCGUCGAGUGGCAUGUGCAUGAAGGCGAGGCUAUCACCCCGAUCAAGAAAUGCGCUACGGUGCGCGGCCCAGUUCGCAAGAUCCUGCUCGGCGAGCGUGUUGCGCUGAAUAUUCUCGCGAGAUGCUCGGGGAUAGCUACCAAAACAAACGCCCUCGUCUCCGCCCUCCGAGCCCACGGCUGGUCCGGCACGCUCGCCGGUACUCGCAAGACAACUCCGGGCUUCAGGAUAGUCGAGAAAUACGCGCUGCUCGUCGGCGGCGCCGAUCCGCAUCGUCAUGAUCUCAGCUCGAUGACCAUGCUCAAGGAUAACCACGUAUGGGCGUGCGCUAACAACAACGCCAAUACUACCACCACAAACAAAAAUGUAAAGGCGAAUGUGAGCGGAAAUGAUAUUACGGCUGCAAUCCCCCUCGCCGUGCACGCCGCCAAAGCCGCCGGCGGAUUUUCAACGAAAGUGGAAGUCGAAGUGCGCAGUAUCGAGGAAGCGAAUGCCGCCAUUGGUGCAGGCGCGGAUGUGGUCAUGCUGGACAACUUCACGGCGGAGGAGGUGCGUGGCGCGGCGAAACAGCUUAAGACCGAGUGGGCGGAGAAGGGCAAAAGGGGGUUCUUGAUUGAGGUGAGUGGUGGGCUGAAUGAGAGUAAUGCAGCCAAGUAUGUGUGUGAGGAUGUGGAUAUACUCUCGACCAGCUCGAUACAUCAGGGUACGCCGAUUGUGGAUUUUUCGCUCAAGGUUUCGCUGCGGUAGAUCUACAAGAAAGAACAUGAAUGUAGGUCUACAAGAAUAUAAAUGAGGAUGAAGAAUGAUGUAUGUAU